AUGCCAGAGGACGGUGAACGCUCUUUCUUGAACCGGAAAAAGUCUCAAAAUGUUCACUACAUGUCUAUACCUAUUAACAGGGGCUCUGAAGGUGAGACCUACGAUGAGCAUCACCCUCAAGACGGAUCCCAUCGAAGGAACCUCUUUGACCAGCCGCUAGGAUCCUUCAAAGGUGUCAAUUCGCUCGGUAGGUUUGCUUCUUCUCUGAGAAGAGCUAACUCGUUCAUGAACAUCGACGUGGGGCCUGAUAAAGAGCGCACGUUUUUCAAAGACGGUCAAGAUGCUUUGUUUGAUCCAUACACUCUGGCUCCUUCUGUAGACGGAAGACGGUUGUCGCACGCAGUUGCAGGACGUGGUGGCCUUUCUGUUAGACCGUCAAUGAGUGAAUUAUACGAUGAUAGUGCCCUAUUUGAUGACCAAGAUAGCAUUACGGUACCCGGAGUCAGCUUCCCUAAUGACGCAGCAACCUCUAGGAGACCAACGUUGGGAUUUCAAGAUUUUGACGGGAGCAUCGAUCCUGACGCUCAUUCGGUUGUUUUGAAAAAGGUAGAAACCAAAGAUGGCAAGGUGGUGACACUUCUAGCUGGGCAGUCCACAGGUCCUCAAACUGUAUUCAACUCUGUGAACAUUUUAAUAGGUAUUGGUAUUUUUGCAUUACCCCUUGGCCUUAGAUAUGCUGGUCUCAUCUUCGGCGUUCCUAUGCUCGCCAUCUUUGCUUAUACCGCUUUUCACACCGCCGAACUGAUCUCUCGUUGUCAAGAUGAAGAUCCAACCAUGAUUUCGUACGGUGACCUUGGCUAUGCAACGUUCGGCUCUAGAGGCAGAGCUUUCAUCUCAUUCCUAUUCACAAUUGAUCUACUGGCGUCCGGUGUGGCCUUGAUGAUUAUCUUUGGAGAUUCUCUCAAUAUGUUAUUUCCAAAAUAUUCAGUCACAUUCUUCAAACUGAUUGCAUUUUUUGCCGUGAUGCCGCAGACUUUAGCACCUCUUAACGUGCUUUCGACUUUUUCGCUUCUCGGAAUACUUUCCACUCUUGGAACGGUCUUUUGUAUCGCUUUCUGUGGCCUCUACAAAUCUUCAUCUCCAGGAUCAUUGUUGGAAACCAUGUCUCCGCCACUGUGGCCUCAGAACAUGACCAAUUUUGGGCUUGCGGUUGGCAUACUGAGCGCAUGCUGGGGUGGGCACGCCGUCUUUCCAAACCUCAAAAGCGAUAUGAGACACCCUGCCAAAUACAGGAACUGUUUGGUCACCACUUUCGCGAUCACUGCUUCAGCGGACAUCUCAACUGCAGUGCUUGGCGUUUUAAUGUUCGGUGUGAGCGUUAAGGACGAGGUAACCAAAAGCUUACAAUUAACACCCGGAUAUCCACGCUUUAUCUACGUUUUAAUUUCUGUUCUCAUGACGCUGAUUCCCAUUGCGAAAACGGCUCUCACUACCCGUCCUAUUAAUGCUGUGCUAGAUGUUGCAAUGGGUAUUACAGUACAGCCGGAGAGUGACGACUCUCUUCUCAGGUCAAAACGGAUUAUUUCUUCCUUCAAUGGACUACUGAUAAACGCCGUCAUUAUUGGAAUCAGUAUCUUAUUUCCCGACUUCGACAAGUUCAUUGCAUUUGUGGGAGCAGGUCUCUGCUUUACCAUUUGCGGCCUCUUACCAUGCAUUUUUUACAUGUCCAUCUGCUCAGAGACCAUAACAACUUGGGAAAAGAUCACAUGUACAGUCAUCAUCAUUUUCAGUGCAGUGUUAUCCGUCCUUGGAGUAGGUGCUGCUAUCCUCGCCUAA